UUUGUUCGGAAAAAAAAACUGAAAUCCAUGUGGGAAAAAUUAUCUCGGAUGAAUUCUUGUUACGCAGGAAUGGACUGUGAGUUAGCGGAAAUUUGCAGUAGAGAAAUCGGUACUGCUCGAUCAAGAAACUUCUCUCGCAGAUUCAGUGCUUCCGAGAUUAUUGUAAAGCAACUGAAUCUUGAGAAGAAGUUAAAUGGUCACGAUGGCUGUGUAAACGCUGUAGAGUUUAACUCGACUGGCGAUCUUCUCGUGUCCGGUUCCGAUGACUGUAAAGUUAUACUAUGGGAUUGGGCAAGAAAUUCCGAGAGGUUUUCGUAUCCUUCUGGUCACCUCGACAACAUAUUCCAGACCAAAAUUAUGCCAUUCACUAAUGAUCAGAAAAUAGUUACUUCGGCUGCAGAUGGAAAGGUAAGACUUGGGCAAGUGUUGGAUGAUGGCAGAGUUGUUGCAAAAAUGUUGGGGGAGCACCAAGGCUCUGUUCAUGAGCUUGCUGUGGAGCCUGGAAGCCCACACAUACUUUAUAGCUGUGGUGAAGAUGGUCUUGUGCAGCAUUUCGAUUUACGCAAUUCUUCUGCAAUAAAACUUUUCUAUUGCACCUCCUUUGCUGAAAGGAGCAAGCAGCCUCCUAAAGUUGUUGGACUGAAUGCCAUUGUAAAUGACCCAAGAAAUCCAAAUUACUUUGCGUUGGGUGGUUCAGAUGAAUACGCACGCUUAUACGAUUUGAGAAACUGCGGCGGUGGUGCAUUUUCGACGUCGAAUAGAGUUCUUGAUACUUUCUGCCCGCACCAUUUGAUCCAAACUAACAAUUUCCAUAUCACGGGUUUGGCUUUCUCAAAUUCAAGUGAGCUGCUAGUAACUUACAGUGAUGAGCUUAUUUAUUUGUUUCAUAAGAAUAUGGGGUUAGGCCCUUCACCAUUGACUGUGUCAUCUGAGAAUUUGUUGCGGAAACUUAAACGGCCACAGGUUUACUCAGGACAUAGAAAUUCAGCAACAGUUAAAGGUGUGAAUUUCUUUGGCCCAAAUUCUGAAUAUGUUGUGAGUGGCUCUGAUUGUGGUCAUAUAUAUAUUUGGAAGAAGAAGGGAGCUGUGCUUGUGAAGUUAAUGGUGGGUGAUCGGAAUGUUGUGAAUCAUAUCGAGCCCCAUCCACAUUUGCCUAUUCUUGCUACGUGUGGCAUUGAAAAAAAUGUGAAGAUUUGGACUCCUAUGGCUUGUGAUGUUCCUCCAUUGCCUGGUGACAUUGAACAAAUAAUGGAGUCCAAUAGGCAAGGAAGGGAAGACCACUCGAGGGUGACCCUUACUCCCGACGUUAUCAUGCAUGUCCUGCGCCUGCAAAGAAGGCAAGCAUCUGCAUUUACCGAACGAAGAUACAGCGCAGGCGAUAUCGGCAGCGAUGAAGACAAUGAAUGGGAAGCUCAGAAUCUGGAGUUCCUUGAUGGUAAUGUUUCUUUUGAAGAAGAUUCAACAGAAUAUUCAUCUGACUGUAACAUCAGCUAGCAUUCCUCCACAUUAUGAUGAACCAACUGCUGCCUUCCUUUUAUCAGCUUUUCAUUGCAAAUUUUGCAUCACAGCUCAUUAGAUACAGUGGUUUACUCAAUAAGUUGUGAUUCUUCUGUUUCUUUCUCUCCUUUUUUUUACUGGAGUUAACAACAUGACAUGUCAAAGAGUCUAGAAGAGUUGUGUAGUGAUCGAAGAAAUAAACCUCGCAUCAAAACGUGCGAGGCUGAAAUGUAGUUUGGACGAGUAUUGAUCUACUCUUGAAACACUAAUGUUAUACUUUAUAUGAAUUUUGAACGAGUGUUCGAUGAAUUAUGUAUAUGUCAA